CAGAAUUUUCCUAAAACUUUUGUGCCAAAUAUAGCAACUUAAUUCACUACAAAAGGUUUAGUUCUACGUUUCCAUUCAAAUAACACAACAGAAGAUCGUGGAAAAUUGAAAGUUGAUUUCCUGCAGACAUGCCAGAAAGUAGCAAGAAGCACAAGGGAGAAACAUCUGAAAAAGUUGGGCCAAGUCAUGACUUGAACAGAAAACCAAGAUUUAAGUGGACAGUGGAACUCCACGAACACUUUGUUAAAGCUGUCAAUGAAUUAGGAGGUCCUUAUGAAGCAACACCGAAGAAUAUUGUGAAACUAAUGGAUGAUGAAGAUAUCACACCAGACCAUAUCAAAAGCCAUCUCCAGAAGUACAGACAGAGUAAAGACAUCAUCAACACCACUAGAAGUACUAGUAAAGGUCGGGUACCAAAUCUUAAUAAUGAGGACCUGGAUGAUGAUGAGUUAUUAAAUCCAAUGCGUGCAGAUGAUGUGGUUGCACCAGUGAACAAGAAUAUCAACAGAGAUCGUCAAGCUAGAAUGAAACCUGAACGCCGAGCUGUUCAGGCAACUGAAAGAAGGUUUCCUAGAAAGAUUCUUUCCGCCGUCCAGGAGAGCACAAUUAAGAGAUGA